AGAAGUGACACAAGCAGCACAGACACAGCCUCACAAACCACAACCUGCCCAGCCCGCGAGAGGAGAAACUGCUGCACUUUUUCACCGAAAACUUGGUAAACUUCUUCAGAGAUCUGACGACAAGGGUCCCCCAGUUUCCAUUUCUCAAAACCUUGGACAGAGGAGACUGACGACCUCGUAUGGCGGCGUGGGAUCUGUCAGUCACAGUGGAGGACCUGGGGUCUGAUGCGCCACCUGUCACCAUCAGCGUGGACUCUGGCCUCCAUGUCGGAGGGGUCAUCCUGAAGCUGGUGGAAAAGACACAGAUAAAGCGUGAUUGGUCGGACCAUGCCCUGUGGUGGGAGCAGAAGCAGCGGUGGCUGCUGCGAACAGCCUGGACUCUGGACAAAUAUGGCAUCCACGCCGACGCCCGGCUGGUCUUCAUGCCUCAACACAAGCCCCUAAGGCUGGGUCUGCCCAACGGCAUUACCCUGAGGCUCCGAGCCUGCUUCUCCAGCUCCGUCUUCCAGACGGUGAUGGGCAUUUGCAGAAUGCUGAAUAUCCGUCACCCCGAGGAGCUCUCGCUCCUUCAGCCCGUAGAGGAGAAAAAGAAGAAGAAAGAUAAAAACUCGGCUGAGGAGAUCUACGACCUGACCGAGGUGCCCCUCUCCUCGGCAUCCCGGCCCUGUCUGUAUAAUGGCAUGCCGGCUCACUUUGCGGACUCACCUGAGAUGGAGGCCAUCUACAAGAUGCUGUCUGUCACCCAGCCUCCGCCCUCCCCCGAGGUCAUAGCCAAGCAGUACCGCGCAGCCAGUGUGGUGGACAAGGCCCACAUCCACGGCAGGUGGUUGGACUCAUCCCGGUGUCUCCUGCAGCAGGGCAUCCAAGAAAAUAGCAGACUCUGGCUGCGCUUCAAAUACUUUGCUUUCUAUGAUAUGGAACCCAAGUAUGAUGUUGUGCGUCUGACCCAGCUGUAUGAGCAGGCGCGCUGGGCGAUCCUGCUGGAGGACAUUGACUGCACCGAGGAGGAGAUGAUGCUGUUUGGAGCUCUACAGUAUCACAUAAGUAAGGUGUCUCAGUCGGAGCCCCAGAUGCUGAGCUCCAGUGCAGCCAUGGACGACCUGGAGACCGCCCUGCAGUCCCUGGAGGUCAAGAUGGAGGGAGAGAGCAGCUCCGCGUCCGAGAUGCUGGAAAACAUGACUGCACCAGAACUCAACGACUAUCUAAAGAUAUUCAGGCCAAAGCGAAUGACUCUGAAGGGAUAUAAGCAGUACUGGUUCAAGUUCCAGGAUACCUCCAUUUCUUAUUUCAAGAGCAAAGAGGAGAGCAUCGGAGAGCCCAUUCAACAGAUUAACCUCAAAGGUUGUGAGGUGGCACCGGACGUUAACGUGACAGCACAGAAGUUCCUAAUCAGACUCCUGAUACCAGCGCCUGAGGGCAUGAACGAGGUCUAUCUGCGCUGUGAAAACGUGAGAAAAAAACACGCACACACACACGCACAUUGGAUGGCUGGGUGUCGACUGGCCUCCAAAGGCAAGAGUCUGGCCGACAGCAGUUUCCAGAGUGAGAUCCAGAGCAUCCGGUCCUUCCUGGCUAUGCAAAAGACCAGCCCCGGUACCCAUGGCAACGCACCUGCCAACGAUGAAAGCCUCAAUACUCACAGUCUGGUGUCGCCACGCUACGCUAAGAAGUACAAAGCCAAACAGCUGACCCCUCGUAUCCUGGAUGCAUACCAGAACGUGGCUCAGCUCUCACUGACAGAUGCGGUGAUGCGCUUCCUGCAGAUCUGGCAAGCCCUGCCCGAUUUUGGACUCUCAUAUGUCGUUGUCAGGUUUAAGGGCAGUCGUAAAGACGAGGUACUGGGCAUUGGUCCCAACCGUCUGAUCCGUAUCGACCUGGCAGUGGGCGAUGUGGUGAAGACCUGGCGUUACAACAACAUGAAGCAAUGGAAUGUCAACUGGGACAUACGACAGGUGGCUAUUGAGUUUGAAGGCAACAUCAACAUUGCUUUUGCCUGCGUGACUGCUGACUGCAAAAUCGUUCAUGAGUUUAUUGGAGGCUACAUUUUCAUGUCGACGCGCAGUCGUGCGAAGAGCGACACUCUCAAUGAGGAGCUUUUCCACAAGCUGACCGGCGGCCACGACGCCCUCUAAGACUAAAACGCACAAACACAGAGGAGAAGAGGGGAAACCAUGUGGAAUUGGAUUUUAUGGCGCAAUCAGGCAAACACAACAACGACAAAAUAAGAUAUUCUGUUCAUGUGUGAAUGUGUUACAACCCGCCUCGUCAGUCCAUCUAAGUUUUUCCACAGCCUUUGACACACACACACACACACACACACACACACACACACACACACACACACACACACACACACACACACACACACACACACACACACACACACACACACACACACACACACACACACACACACACACACACACACACUUCAAGACCCUGGUGGUCCUCAUGCUGACUUCCCCUUUACUUCAGAAUGGACUGCUACUUGUCCAAACUGCUAGACAUCUGGUCCAGGAUCAGCAAGCUUGACACUCAAACUCAUGGCAAUGCAAAAUCAACCGUUGCAUCAGCCAGAAGCAACUUUUCUGUUUCGCCUCACAGUAUCCAGAGUUCCUGUCAAUUCGGAUAGAAAGCCUUGCUUUGUCCAAAGCUGCAGUCUCAUUGUCAGCAGCCACAGGAUCAACAGCAAUGAGUAGAAAAACACAUGUAAACACAAAAACUUAUGAAUAACAACAAACUAAAAUAAAAUAAUAAAAUAAAUACAGCAAUUUCCUUUUAAUUCUCUGUUGUCUUCACUCCUUAUGUCCGUGACAUAUGGUGGGAUUUCUGUUGUUGUUUUUUCACACAGGAAGCUUCUAACCGUUUAUCUCCCCUCACAUGCUGUGUGUGUGUCUAUAUCUUACAAGAAACUGUUACAGAAGUCCGUUAACUAAAACCACAGUGUCUGUAUCCUCUGCUUUCCCAUACUCAGUCAAGUGACUCCUCACACAUACAAUAUAUCUAGGCCCGGCUGCCAGCAGCCAGUGUGUCGGUUUGUGACCAGGGUUAUAUAUUUUACAACUGCGUGGUGAAAUUAUCUUGGUAGUUAAUGUGUGCUAUAGUUUAUUUAGCACUUACAAUGGAGAAGACAAAGCCUCUAUACUUGUAAAUAAAAAGUGAGAUUUGCCAGCA